UUUCCUCUGCUAAGCACGGGCAACGGAGCGAGAAGCGCAGCCGCGCCGCGCGCAGAACACCCUACCCCAGCGUACACGCCGGCACGCUCACCCGCCCGCCGUCCCCGAGCAAUGGAGUCGAAAAAGCCGCCGCCGUCCGCCCUCGUCGACAACCACGUGGUCCCCGGAGACGUCAUCCUGGACCUCGCUGACAUGACCAACCAGACAAUCAAGCUCGGAGCGGGCCUGCGCCAGGAUUAUGACACUAUCCAGGCGACUAGUGCUGGGAGGCUUCGACUAUCCAAGCCCAACAAGUACUGGGUGGAGAGCUCCCAGAAGAGGCAGCUGCCUAUUCAUGUGAUUUUUUUUUGGCAGUAUAUACCUUCUGUAGAGGAUACAGUUCUUGGUAUUGUAGUCGACACCAAACCAGAUAACUUCUUGGUGGACAUAAAGGGGCCUAAUUUUGCCUUUUUACCAGUUCUUUCCUUUGAAGGUGGCACCAGGAGAAACAUACCAAAGUUUGAGAUUGGUACGCUAAUUUAUGCCCGAGUGGUGAAAGCAAAUAGCAUCAUGAAUCCAGAGCUUUCAUGCAUGGAUGCUAGUGGAAAAGCCGCUGAAUUUGGUCAAUUGAAAAAUGGAUAUAUGUUUGACACAUCAACUGGCCUGUCAAGAAUGCUUUUAAGUUCCCCAACGUGUCCACUUCUGGAGGCCCUUGGGAAAAAACUAUCAUUUGAGAUAGCUGUUGGACUGAAUGGUCGAGUCUGGGUGAAUGCUCCUUCGCCAAGUAAUGUAAUUGUUGUAUCAACUGCAAUUAUAAGAUCAGAAUCUUAUACUCAAAUACAACAAAAAAGUAUGGUGGAAAAUCUUUUGGUGAAACUCUCAUGAUGGGAACAGGACAUACUCCGGCACUAUGAUGGGAUUCAGAAGUACUGUUCGUUAAUCGCCACAGCGAUUCUUCAACCCGAAAGAUGGGUAGUCAUUGUCAUGUACCCCAGAAGGGGAUAGUGCGUGUAUGGCACGUGAAAUAGAUGCAUUAAAAGGGCUAACGCUUUUUAUGGUCUAGGCCUGAAUUAACGGAAGAAUGGUAAUCUUUUUUAAACCA